AAUAAAGUUCAGUUUAAGCUGGAGCGUAGUAGAGGUUGCGUCGUUUGUUCGUUCGGUCGGUCCGCUCCGUUCCGUUCCAUUCGGUAAGUUCCUCACGCUGAAAACGUAAUUUUAUUCAAAUUAGAAUCAAUCAAGCACGUAUUACACAUGCCUGGACGUGGAGAAUCAUAUUCCAAAUUCAGACCUAUGAAGACACAUUGAAUCCAGAUAACAGAUACUCACAUCUUCGUUAAUAUACACACUCUGUAGAAAAUUUUGAGGGUGAAGAAUCGAGAAGCGAUAGCCAAAUACAAAUACAAAUCCAAAAUCGAACAGAGUUAAAUAUGCUGGAUAUAGGCAUUGGCAAAGGAACCGUCGAAUUACCAUUUAUUGUGGAGCGUACGUGUACUGACUGCGCCAACGACAGCAACGACCAGCGGCGAGAAACAGCAUCAACAUCAUCAAUAUCUAAAUCAGCAUCUGCAUCAGUAUCCUGCUGGAAAUUGGAAAAGCCAACGGCCAGCAGAUGCCAUCCACACGCUGCAAAGCUCAAUAGAAAAAUCUGUUUAUGUGAAUAUAAUCGAAUGGCAACAAGCUGUAUAUAUUUUGUAUUAGUUUUAGCAAUCCUAUGUGUAAGAAAUACUAGUGCUGCUUUUCACAACAAUAUUACAAAUAAUAAUCAUAAUAAUACGUAUGAUAAUAAUGAUAUCGAAGGCGCAAGCAAAACUCAUAACUCUGCUGGAAUACUCAAAAUUAACGAGAUAGCCACUGAAUUCUCUCCAACCAGCAAGAGCAACAGCAAAAACUACUCGAAUUAUCAACAUAAAUACAGGAAAGCCCAACAAAGUGGGAAUAGUAAAGGUAAAGACCCAACACUCAUCGCUGAGACUGACUCUGAGGCUAGUAAUACUCACAACAACAAUAGUAAAAUCAAUAAUAAGAACAACAUCGGAAACAGCAGCAGUAGUGCCAGUGCAGGGAAGAACGCGAAAGAGACUGAGAAACAUCAUUUAGAUGAUAUUGAUAUAUUUGGUGCGUAUAGCAUACCCGACGAUCCAAUCUACACAAAUGAGUUUGCCGUGCAUAUACCCGCUGGCAAAUCCGUGGCAGAUAUCAUAGCUAGCAAACAUGGCUUUACCAACAAGGGACAGAUUGGUGCCCUUGACGACUAUUAUCUAUUUCAGCAUCAUCGUGUGUCGAAGCGUUCGCUUCGGUCGAGUCGCAAACAUCACAGUGCCUUAAAGUCGGAGUUCGAGGUUAAAUGGCUACAGCAGCAGCAUGAGAAGAUCCGUCGAAAACGGGAUGGCCCCUAUCAAGAUAUACCCACCUACAGUCCGUACCAUAUUUUGCGCCAGAGUAAUGACUACGUUAUCGAUCAGCAAACGAAUACGCAUUUUUCAUAUUCCCCAGACCCUGUCCUAUCAACAUCGUUGGGUGGAGCCCAUUCGCCGCGCCUUGAGUACCGUGACGUCACGUCGCAUCUCAUAUUCUCCGAUCCGUUGUUUAAGGAACAGUGGUAUUUGGUGAGUAAAAAUGGCGGAGCUAAGGAUGGACUUGACAUGAAUAUUGGUCCCGCCUGGCAGAAGGGCUAUACUGGUAAAGGUGUUGUUGUAUCCAUUCUGGAUGACGGAAUUCAAACCAAUCAUCCGGAUUUAGCUCAAAACUAUGAUCCAGAUGCUUCCUUUGACAUUAAUGGCAACGAUUCCGAUCCCACGCCGCAGGAUAACGGCGACAAUAAGCACGGCACUAGAUGUGCCGGAGAGGUUGCUGCAGUUGCCUUUAAUAACUACUGCGGAGUUGGCGUGGCAUAUAAUGCCAGCAUUGGGGGCGUUCGCAUGCUAGAUGGUAAAGUGAAUGAUGUGGUUGAGGCACAGGCAUUAAGCUUGAAUCCAGGCCAUAUCGAUAUAUAUAGCGCGUCUUGGGGUCCAGAGGAUGACGGCUCUACGGUCGAUGGGCCAGGCCCAUUGGCACGCCGUGCUUUUAUUUAUGGCGUAACCAGUGGCCGUCAGGGUAAGGGCUCAAUUUUUGUAUGGGCCUCUGGCAACGGUGGUCGCUAUACCGACUCCUGCAACUGUGAUGGCUAUACCAAUUCCAUAUUCACACUUUCUAUAUCGAGCGCCACACAAGCAGGAUUUAAACCUUGGUACUUGGAGGAGUGUUCGUCUACGCUGGCCACCACCUACAGCUCAGGGACGCCUGGACACGAUAAGAGCGUGGCUACUGUUGACAUGGACGGGCGCCUGCGCCCAGAUCACAUCUGUACGGUGGAGCACACUGGCACAUCGGCAUCAGCGCCACUGGCUGCUGGAAUUUGCGCCUUAGCGCUCGAAGCGAAUCAGAAUAUAACGUGGCGUGACAUGCAAUAUUUGGUGGUAUAUACGUCGCGGCCUGGACCACUGGAAAAGGAGAGCGGCUGGACACUCAACGGCGUCAAGCGAAAGUAUAGCCACAAGUUCGGCUACGGUCUAAUGGAUGCGGGUGCUAUGGUUGCGCUGGCAGAGCAAUGGAACACGGUGCCUCCGCAGCACAUUUGCAAGUCUCGUGAAAACAAUGAAGAUCGUAAAAUCGAGGGCGCCUACGGCUACUCGCUGGCUACGCAUAUGGAUGUAAACGGCUGUGCCGGCACCAUUAACGAAGUGCGCUAUCUGGAGCAUGUCCAGUGCCGCAUCACGCUGCGCUUCUUUCCACGAGGCAAUCUGCGUAUCCUGCUCACCUCGCCAAUGGGUACGACAAGCACGCUGCUGUUUGAGCGGCCUCGCGACAUUGUCAAAUCCAACUUCGAUGAUUGGCCAUUCCUCAGCGUCCACUACUGGGGUGAAAAGGCCGAGGGUCGUUGGACACUGCAGGUGAUCAACGGCGGACGUCGGCGUGUCAAUCAGCCAGGAAUUCUAUCCAAAUGGCAAUUGAUCUUCUAUGGCACCUCAACGCAGCCGAUGCGUCUCAAAUCUGAGCUUCUAAAUACGCAGCUGCGCAACAAUCCUAUUGCAAGCAAUCCAUUCUUAUUCUCAUCAGCCUCCAAUAUAGGCCAGCCAGCCAACGAAGGCGGUAACUUCAAUACGGACAGCUUUGCGAGCUACCUGAACUAUCAAAACCUAUUUAGCAGCGCAGGCUCCAGUCCCGAGAUGGCAACCGCCACGCUUGACGGCCAAAAUGUCUCGGCCCCACUAGCGGCCCAAUCGUCUAAUGGUCUGCCCAAUGUCGAUAACAAGCUCAUACAGUAUUCCUGCGAUGCCGAAUGCGAUUCCCUUGGCUGCUAUGGCCGUGGACCCACACAGUGUGUGGCGUGCAGCCACUACCGUCUGGAUAACACCUGCGUUAGUCGUUGCCCGCCGCGCUCGUUUCCAAAUCAAGUGGGUAUAUGUUGGCCCUGUCACGAUUCGUGCGAAACAUGUGCUGGGGCUGGACCGGAUAGCUGCCUUACCUGCGCGCCGGCACACUUGCAUGUUACUGAUCUCGCCGUCUGUCUGCAAGUAUGCCCCGAUGGCUACUUUGAAGACAUCAAGAACAAAACGUGUGUCCCGUGUGAGCCGAAUUGUGCAUCCUGUCAGGACCGUCCCGAGUUCUGCACCAGCUGUGACCAUCAUCUCGUCAUGCAUGAGAACAAAUGCAUCUCAGCCUGUCCCUUGAACACAUACGAGACUGACGAGAACAAAUGCGCCUACUGUCAUCCGUCGUGCGCCACAUGUAAUGAAGCUUCCGAAAAUAAUUGCAUCACUUGCCGCCCCAGUCGUUACGCGUAUCAGAACAAAUGCCUGAACAACUGCCCCGAAGGUUUUUAUGCCGAUAAAAAGCGCUUGGAGUGCCUGCCCUGUCAUGAGGGCUGCAAGACUUGCAGUAGCAAUGGCAUCUGCUCAGAGUGUCUGCCUAACUGGACGCUCAACAAAAAGGAUAGCUGCAUUGUGGCUGGCAGUGAAAGCUGCUCUGAAUCCGAGUAUUUCAACCUAGCUGAGGGCAAGUGCAACCAUUGUCAUAAGUCAUGCGCGACUUGCAACGGACCGCUGUCUACCAAUUGUCUAUCCUGCCAUCAGAACCGGCUGUUGGAGCAGAGCAGUUGCGUGAGCGGCUGUCAAGACGGCUUUUUUAUGGAAACGGGCGUCUGCACGCCAUGUCUACAUACUUGCACACAAUGUGUAUCCCGCACCAAUUGUAGCAAUUGUACCAAGGGUCUUGAGCUGCAAAACGGCGAAUGUCGCACAACUUGCGCCGACGGCUACUACAGCGAUCGCGGCAUCUGUGCCAAGUGUUACCUCAGUUGUCACACGUGCAGCGGACCGCGUCGUAAUCAGUGCGUCCAGUGCCCGGCUGGUUGGCAGCUGGCUGCAGGAGAAUGUCAUCCGGAGUGCCCCGAAGGAUUCUACAAGUCGGAGUUUGGCUGUCUGAAAUGUCAUCACUAUUGCAAGACCUGCAAUGGUGCUGGUCCAUUGGCAUGUUCAUCGUGCCCCACACAUUUUAUGCUUGAUGGCGGCCUUUGCAUGGAAUGCCUCAGCUCUCAGUACUAUGAUGCAACAACCCAGAGGUGCAAGAGCUGUCACGAAUCGUGCCGCUCGUGCUUUGGUCCCGGCCAGUACUCGUGCAAGGCAUGCGCUCCCCCGUUCCAUUUAGAUCAGUUAAAUAGCCAGUGCGUGCCAUGCUGUCCAAAUAAAACGUCUACCGAUAAUGAAACUAGCUUGGAAAACUGUUGUCAUUGUGACAUGGACACCGGCGAAUGUAAGACAGUAUCGACAGCUGGUAAACGUCGUACCGUGGUGGGCUCCGACAGUAUUUUUAGGAAUGGGGAUCGAUCAGCCAAUGGCAACGAUGGUAAUAGCGGCACAUUUGCUUUGCGUCUUGACUCACCGCUGACAGCCAUUACAGCGAUUGCGAUUGCCAUCUGUUUGUUAAUUAUCACGAUAUUCUCUAUAAUAUUUGCCGUUUUACAGCGCAACAGCAACUACGGAUCAAGGAAUUCGGUUCGGUACAGGAAAAUAAUAAGCAGAUCGGGUCGUAAGAGCGAUCCGAGCAAUGAAGCUAGAUUUAUAUUCAAUGUGGGCGAGGACGGUGAUGAUACAGAUGAUAAUACAGAUGAUGAUAUGGAUGCCAAUGUGAGGACUGUUAAGAAAGUCGUCUACGAACCCAAUGGUCCAAUGAAUGGUAACGAAUUUUUUAUUAAAAGUACAAAUGAUAUUGACGCGGUCGAGUUUCAUUGCAAAGGUGCGGAUAAUACGAAUCAAAACAAAUUCGAUACGCAUCACAAUGCAAACAUAUACACCGAAAGUAACAGUCCCACGUAUUUGAAUCAGGCAACGAGCAGCAGAAUGAAUACUAAGGUUGUUCAUAGCUGAUUCUUUAAUAGAUUGAAUGUGAAUGCACCCAUAGCAACAAUUGCCACAAAAUUAACACCAACUUUGAUCCUGAAUUUCUUGCUCUGGACUAGUAAAUUUUAACCUUACUUGAGGAAUAUAGCGAAUCGAAAUAUUUAACAUCCGAAAUGAUAAAAAUUUAUAUGUGAUUGUGAAUUGUUUUUAUAUAUAUAUAUAUAUUUAUAAAUUUAAUGUUUGUAUUAAAUUUUUAUGAAAAAUGUUAUGUCAAGUUAAAUAAUAAGUGUGUUAUUUUUUUAUUUUGUACUUAUCCUGUGCAACAGGAGUCGUUUUUAAAGGAACUUCGUAUAUGGGUAUAGGCAUGUACAUAUGUUUAUGGUUAUAGGAAGAGUAAUGAUAUACAUGAAUGUAUGAUGUGAUAGCAAAUGUAAGUGAGUAAUAAGUGGUUAUGAUAUUCAGUAAUGUUUCGAAAACAUUGAAAACGUUUCAGCAGACAAAUGCUUUCAGUUUAUUUACAGGCAAAUAUACGUUUAUGUAUAAAAAGUAUCAAAUA